UCACUUUUCGUAUUUUUAUGAGGAUUCCUCACAUUUUGACUUUAUUCGACAGUCUUUCAUCCACUGAUGCUUGCAAUGAUAUUCCGCCAUAGCCAGCCGCGUGCUAAAGACGAUCAUUUUUUUUGGAAUAAAUGUCGCAGAUUUCGGCGAGAAUUCGUCGCAAGUAUUGCCUGUCAAAAGACGUCGCCAUAUUCAGAUUGAAGCUUGACUUCUGUAGACAAAACUGGUAUAUAUUCCAAGUUGACUUAAGGCAGAUUUUAGGUCAAAUUUAGCGUCAAUUUGGAUGUUGUCACGAUUUUUUAGAACGGCGAAGGUCCAUGUACACGAUUGUUGACAUGGGCAGUGUUACAAAAGCAAUCUCUCUUUUGGAGAGCAAUCCAAUCACCAAAGAUGCUCUGGAGGAAACAAGACUCGGAAGGCUUGUCCAAAUUGUACGUAAGAAGGCUACAACAAGUAAUCUCAAGAAACGAUGCACAGCUCUGAUAAAGCAAUGGCAGUCUCAGUUCCUUCCACCAAGUGCAGUCAAGCCUUCAAGAACAGAGUCUCCUGUACCAAAUCAACAGGAGGCCAAAGGUCAGGAAGGGUCAUCGACCUCCGAUGGACAGAAACCAAAGCCUACAAAGCAGACAGUAAAUGCCACCCCUGUGGAUAAAAAUAAAAGUGAAAAUCUGCGAAGGAGAAAAAGACAGCCCGAAAACUCACCAUCCAUUUCCCCUUCAUCACAGGCUCCCCCUUCUAAAAGGUUAAUAUCAUCUCAAGGGCAAUCUCCUCUAUUGCAAGGUGAGGGAAAUGGACAAGAUGACUCUGGUCUCAAUGGAAUGUCUUCAAAGAAAGUGUCAGAACCUGGGAGAAAAAAUAUCAAAGAUUCAGUUAAAACUGCUUCUCCUAAGACCAGUGCUCCUUCACCUAAGCCUAAACUCAGCAUUAACAAAGACAAAGGUUCACUGAAGAAAUUAAAGUCGGAGAGGUCUGCCUCUCCCAAACCUAGCCCAAAGGAUUCAUCAUUAAAUUCAGUAUCUCCUUCACUGCAGCGCAAAUCAGAGAAACAUGUGAAAUUGAAGGGAGUAUCACCUAGUGUUGCAAAGGUACAGUCUGACAAGCCGGGGAAAGUUUCACCAGUUCCUCGUUGUGUAGCCAUCGGAAAGAAGAGAAGUUCUUCCCAUGAACAAUCUCCUAGACCAGUGAACGAUUCAUCUUCUUCCACUUCACCAGCUGUUACAUCUGGACCUUCUCUGAAAUCCACAGGUAUUUUCUCAACAGACUGGGACUCUGCUGGUUUCUGCUUCGGAGAAAGUGGUGGGGAAUCCUCCCGGAGUGCAACUCCCCAGGAUGUGUGCAACACCCCUAGUUCUUUGAAGCCUUCCUCAAUUUUUGAUUUAGAUUUUACUGAUCCUGUUUCAUCUCAAGUGUCAAACAGCAGCCUGUUUGACAGACCAACAUCACCAUCAAGCUUUGUUGAGGAGCGACCUUUGACACCAAUAAUUAAUGCAUUUAGUGAAGAAUUUCCUGAGAGGACAGAAUAUAGUCAUCCUCCGUUUGACCCUCCGGAAGAGGACGAAGAUGAAAAGGAGGAGACAAUGGUUAAUGUGAUGGAAACCCUUGAAGAUGAACCCAUGAGUCCUCAGUGCCCUGUGCUUGAGGGUGAUAUAGAUCGCAUUCACAAUGAGGAGUGGGAGGGGGUGAAUGGUUGUUACAACGAUACAGGUGAAUGGUUCGACUGGAUGCAGUGCCUGACUGUAAAUACAGAUGAGGAAAAUUCUAUACAAAUUCUACCGUAUGUAUGUAUUGAUUAGCGAAAUAUGGAUGUUUAUUGUAAGUUAUUUUCAUAUGAAUUGAGAGAGUGAACCAUUUUCCUAAUUUCCUUUAUUUCUCCAUUUUCUUGUUUUUCCCAGGUCAGAUAUUUUCUUGGUGCAAAUACAAGGGAACCUAGGAAAGUGAAAUUGAAGUGUAUUUAUUCGUUGGAAAAUUGUAUUGGACAGAAGAUACAGACUUGAAUUGACAGUUACAGUUCUUAAAUUUUUUUAGAACCUAAAAACAGCAAAUGUCCUUAAAUUUGACUUGACUGAUAUAAGUUAUGCUCAGGUGGAAUACUUUUUGUAGGUUGAUAGAAUACAUCACUUUGCUAAAGAGUUAACAUCUGUAAAACAGGGUAAUAUUUUCUGUAUUUGGGGCUUUUUUAAAUAUUUUUUUUUACCAGGAAUGAUCUAGACUGCCUCCUUCAUGCGAAGAACUACUUUGUUACAUUCAUUGUCUUAUGGUAUGAAUUUGAAAGAUGCAUUCGAUUAAUAUACAAGGAGGGGAAAUAAAAUUGUCCCACUUUCAUGUGAAGUUUAAAAAGUGUUUACAUAGGUAUUAGAAAUUUACAUUGAUUUUAUACCAAAAGGUCUGAUCAGCAGCAGCAUCAAUCAUCAUAAUCAUCAACACCAUCAUUAUUAUCAUCAU